CUCCAUUCCAUUCGUUGCGCGUUAAGCUGGCGGACCUCCUAGGUUCAUAAACCAUUCAUUCUCCCACACGCCGUCUCCCGACACUCCGCCACGCGAUGUCGCACUCUAACAACUGGCAGAACGACGACAACUCCGACGCAGCCGGUAGCCCGGAGCACAACUACGAUACGCCCGCCGACAGCAGCGACUCCGACAGCGACGAUGGCGCAAUAGUCCUGAAGGCGCGGAUCACGGCGCUGCGUAUCGAACUCAACAUUCUGGAGCAGCAGCUAGACAAAAGGAAGAGGAAGAAGGCUCGUGGGAUUGCUUCUGGGAUUGCGAAGAAGACUCCGAGUCAUCGCGUUCCCUUACCCGUGAAGGCAAAAUCCCCAGAACCAGAGCCCGAGCAAGAGCCCGAACCAGAACCCGAGCCUGAGCUGGAGCUUGAGUCAGAGUCCCACAUGCCCAGCUUCCUCGCCGGGCUGGUCGCAGCUUCGUCUUCGACACCCACACCCCCAGCUCACAUCACUCCCGCACCGCCGGCCCCACAAUUUACCCCCACCAACAUUCGCGCCCCCAAGACCCGGGGCCGCGGGCGCCGCACCACCCUCGCCGUCUCUCCAAACCGUCCGGCGACAACCCCCGCUCCACCAUCCAUAAACCGGCUGCUUGAAACCGUCCAAGCUCCCCAGUCGCUGAUCAAAGAACGCGGGGUGGGGAAGGGCACGCUUCUACGGCGGCGACUGGGGAUCUCGGAGAUGAACAAAGCCGACCAGACCUCUGCCACGAUAUACUUCUACCGUGAAGCGAGACGGCAUUGCGGACAGGAUCUUUCGCAUCCGUGGACUUGGUAUGUGGAACAGAGAUUGGCGGGGGAGAUGGUUGCCAGUAAGUUCUCCCUCUUGACGAGGGGGAAUAAUCGCUCACAGAUUUUAGAUGUGGUGGAGGGCAUGAAGAAAUUCGGAUGGGAUGAGGGGCUGGCAAAAGAUAUACUUAUGAGUUCGGCGCAGAGGAGGGUGCAAAAUAGCAGGCGCCAGAUAAAUAAGGAUAUCAAGGCUAGAGGCGGCCAUAUACCGCGCGGGAGGCCACCGAAAUCGCGGGCGCAGGAGUAGCCAUGUGGAGAGUUGAGGCGUUUAGCAGGAUUUUUUGCAUGUUUAAUUCAACAAGUGUUUGUAAGUCAAUGGAUUUGUUUUUCGGGAAUACAUGCUGUAUCAUACAGUUGGAGGGAGGGGAAAAGAUUGUGGUAGUGCUACCGCAUCUAUAAAAUGGUAG